AUGAUAACUGUAAUAGUAGUGUGUAUAUUGAUAAUGCAAAUUAGAGUAAUGAGAGCUAAUAUUCCAUAUGAAGAUAUCUGCGAGUCUCAAAGGGUUACGCGACAAGUCAAUUCCUUACCGCUUGUGUAUCCAUACGGAGCAACUUAUAAGCUCAUCCUAGGGAUGUCUGCUCCGGUUAAAAGUAAAGAUUACGUUAGCUUGGCUUUUGUCAUGAACUUCCAAUACCAGUACAUCCAGUUCCAAAACAUAUCGCAGCUAUCUCGAUACUAUAUUAUAAAAGAAGUGUCAAGAGAAGAAAGAGAAGCUGAUAUACUAGCCAGAAAGGACGAAAGGCUGAUUUUUUACAGAGCUGUCGCGGUUUUGUUAGAAAUGAAAGGAAUGAACGGCGAGGACUGUGUAUAUCGAGCGAUUUGCGAGACGGCACAAUUCCCAGUUGGUGACGAUGGUCUCUUUGGAGAAAUUUUCCACGUUUUAUUGACCCCAGAUUACGGUCGCAAUAGGUUUGACGAGGACCCAGACUGGCGAGAGGAAAUGUCUCCAUACCUUGAUGCAGCAACAGCAGGUAGACAGAUGUUUGACUGUUCCUACGUGUAUCAUAAAUGCCCUGAAGGUGAAGGUGUCUUAGAGCUUAUAUCAGCUCUAAGGGACGAGUAA